GGUUCCCAGUCUCCUGGCUCCUUGCCGCCAGUCAGUAAACUCAGUUAGGCUUUAGCCUUCGUGGUAGACAGGUUGCGAUCGUCGUCUCCUGCCUUUACGUUCCUCACCGGUGAGCCGUUCCUGCAGAUCUUUUGGAAUAUCUGCCGUUCGUUUCAUAUUCUGAGUGAAACUGACUUGAAGAAUAAGCUAUUUGAAGCUUGGUGAACUUUCCAGGAAUUUUGUUCAAUUUAAAAACUUGGAUUCUAGAGUAGUUCAGUGUCAUUUUAGUGGAAAACAAUACAAGAACUGUGAUUUCCUUCAGAAGUGGUGAAAAUUCAUUUACUCAGCUAGAAAGCCACAAGGAAAUUUUCCGGAAAGACAGUAUACAUUAACUCACAUGCAUCACAUAUUAGUGCUACGGUAUUGCUGUUUGUGUAUUACCGUCUAUUCUCCUUUCCAUUAUGGCAUCUAUAACAGCUGAAGUACUGCCUUUGGUGAAUACAAACGUUCCUGUAACACCAUCUUCCAAUUUCAAACUCUCAACGGCUAGGACAGAACUCAUCUCAGAGUCUUCAGAUGUGGGUUCUUACAAUCAUUUUCCCCGUGAUUAUUUCGAUGAAAGAGAUAUAAAUGAAAACCCUCUUGAUCUCUGUCAGCUUACAAUGCACUCUAACUCUAACAAUUAUGACGAAUCUCCUUCGAUAACUGGAGCUGCUGCAAGAAAAUCUAUUGGAGCCUUCACAUCAUCUAUGAUUAAUAUUAGGUAUAAUAAUAUUGAAGCUUUCAAUAAUAAUUUGAACUCAUUUUCGAGCGUCGAUACUCCCAAAAUGACAUCCAAUUCUUCAUCGUAUUCCGAAGAUAAGUCACGCGUCCCAGUUAACGGUGAAAUAAUUUAUUCAUCAUCCAAGUUAGGAGCAGCAGACAAAUCAUCCCAGGUCGGUCAGACCUCAACUGGCAGAGAUUUGGCGCACCAUAAAACUAAUUUCGCAUCGACUUCUGCCAUAGAACCAUGUUUGAAGUACAGUGACUUCAUGACUGGUCCAGAAUCAUGGAAAGACGACUCAUUGUCACUCUCCUCGUCCUUCUCCUCAUCCAUGUCUUCCAUUCCAUCCAUACCUACUCCACCUUCUCCGGCCAGUCCCCCUUCGUUCAGACCUCAGUCUUUACCUCAUGAAGACGGCGCGUCGAUGCCAGGAUGCGACUUGUUUUCAAGCUCCCUGCCGCCAGAGUCCGCCUUCCACACGACCUACUUGACAAGCUCGUGCGGCGGCAGCCCUCGCAAGCGAGUCAAAGACAGAGAGGGGUUCAUCCGGCGCGCCGCCUGUGUCUGCGUAAACGCCGACGAAACUGAGGUGUUGUUAGUGUCGAGCAAGAACUCGAGCGAGGUGUGGCUGGUGCCUGGAGGUGGCCUGGAGGAGGGAGAAGAUGCUCAGGAGGCCGCCCUCAGGGAGGCCUAUGAAGAGGCGGGUGUCAGAGGCACGGUCCUCGCCUACCUGGGCCUCUUCGAGUCUCGUUCGGAAAUGAGCGCGUCUGGCAAGAAACACAGAACUGCUGUCUUUGUCAUCAAAGUUAUUUCAGAAGAGGACGACUUCCCAGAGUCCAAAACUCUCGGUCGUCAACGCAAAUGGAUGAGCAUUGACGACGCCCUGUCGCACUUGACGUGCUACCGUCCACGCCAGAGUGUUUACCUGAGCCUCCUGCGUGCAACGCGGCUCAAGGCUCGGACAUCGGAGUCCAGUGACGAAAAAUCUUCGGGUGGCGAGACAGCGCUGCAAACCAUCGCCGACCGGCAGUACCGGACCGGCGAGCCGAUCAAGCUACUCGAGCGAGAAGACAGUGAAGGCUCGGUUGAAACUGACGAGAAUCUCGCAGUUUAUGAGGAUGCCAACGAUGUAACGUUGCUUGUUGAGGAUCCCGAAGAUGAAAGCUAUGUUCUAGCGAAGACUUUAGAGUCGCAAACUCUCAUUGAUUAAGUGCCUUGUGAGAAGUCGUUGACAGAUUCUCAUAUUACUCAUUACAUAGAAUUGAUUGUCUUGUAUCUUCAUUAUCAAACGAAUCUCCUCUUACGCAAAACUGACUUUUUUCUGAAUUGGAGAAUUUACAAGCCUGGAAAAUCUUACAAAUUUUCCCCUGCGUAAAAAAAUUGAUGCUUCAAUGUCGGGAACGUUCGACCAAAGAUCAAGAUACCAGUCGAAAUCCCUGUGAUCAGAGUACGGCUUCAAAAACUUUUUUUGACACGCCUCUGACGCCAUAACCGACUACAUUCAGUCGUUAUAGUAAAAAAACAUCAUUGUCGGAUGUUACAGCAGUGCUAUAGUUGAAACUCAAACUCUUUAAUGUUGCUCAAACUGUGUCUCUAGAAGUGUCAAAUUACUAAGAAAUGUUGCCGCUCUAAAAAAGCCUAUGCUUACUUGAAAGAGCAGAUUCAGGAGUUGCCUUUGUUCCUCGAGGUAACAAUGCAGUGAUUUUACGUAACUUGUAUUAAAGAUGAUGGGAAUCAUUGGUGCCUCAUUCCAUGUUUAUUAGACUUAUUGGUAAUUUAUCGUGUACGAUGUUCAGCUCAUAGUUACGUAAGAGUAUAGAUCUGAUUUUCGCUUACCUGUCGAUACUGUGCUUUUAGUUUGGUUCUGAAAUUGCACUGUUCAAAAACCUCAACCUUUAUGUCCCUCUUAUAUAAUAAUUAAACGACCAUUCAGAUAAGUUGAUCAAUAUCAAAAAUUUUUGCUCCCAUACGUAAUUUCUGGCUUCGAAUUGAAAACGUUUAAUCUUCGCCGUGCUUUCAGAUUCUUUACAAUAUUCACGUGUUUAAUUUAUCAAUUUAAAAUUUAAUGGACAAACUUUUUUUUUCUUUUUCUAAUUGUGAGGUUUCCUCUAAAUUUCUUCUAGCAGGUUGUCAUCAUAUAUAACCACAAAGCGAUUUUGGUUGAUCUCGUUAUAAAUUUGAGUUGUUUCAGGGUUGCAACAAAAGUUGGAUCUUCGUGCCUAUAACUUCAUACCUCAUGGUACUAGUGUGUAGAAUCAUACAUGAACCCUCGAUUGAAAGUGUCAUGUACCAUCUGUGUGUGCUAUUGUCUAGACUUUCGAUUAAGUUUAUAAUUAGAUUAAUUUCUACAACUUGGAAUUGAAAUAUCCAAAAAGAACAUAUAUGCGCUGAUGUGAUGCGAGUGCAUUUUGUUUUAAUGUUUCCCCACUUCCACGCCAUCGUGUUGGUGAUGGAAUUGUACUUGUAUUCUGUUCUAGAUCCUCCUUCAUCUUCACUGUAUCGUGAUGGCUAGAAAUAGAGGAAUAAUUUCUUCCCUUGUGAAUAAUUUCUGGAAACUUAACUUAAAUCUAUGUUCUCCUUUUUAGUUUUGUUCAGAAUAAUAUAUCUACUCUUUCACUGCUGCCUCUGAUUGAGUGCAUUUUACCUGUUGUGUUUUAUGUUGAGGAUGACCAAGCUCUCUAAACAGUAAAUAACGGAUGCCAAGGGUGAUGCUACCCCACAAAUCUGCAAGUGCCAAAUAUUUGUGCAUGAAAAAUAAAAUUCAGCUCAAAUUAUGUUCUACUUUAAUUUCUCUUUGUAGUGUUUGCUAUUUCUAAGAGCUUCUUAAGAUGUAAUGUGGUCUUGAGCUAAUCAAAAAGCUCUUGCAAAUAAAGCAAGCCGUCAUUGCAUGGUGACUUCAGCUAUAUAUUUUGUAUGAACAAGUUCCUUUCAGUUUCAUGAGGCUCCAAAGAUCAAUUGGUCUUCAUUAAAGGAACUAUUUUUCUA